CAUCCUUCUCAUCCUCCAGUCCUCACUGUAUAAUGGGGAACUGCGAUGCCACUGCACGAGCGCUGCAUGGGAGUCUAAUAAUGUUCCAAUCCAGGACAUGUGGAUCAACAAACCAUCAUCAAACCACGAGCAUCUCGACCGGGUCUUGAGGUAAGACGCAUGCAACAGGCUGAUCUCGCGCUGUGAGGCCUGAAUAGCCUACAGAAUGCGACAACUAUACGGCCUCCUCUUCACACUUUUAUUUGCUGAGACACUUGCUGAAAAAAAGGACUGUUGGUACUUUGAAGGAGAUUAUCCAGUAUACUUCAUAUGCAAGACAUACGAAGACUGCUGUGGCACACAAUGCUGCGUUCGAGUCCUUUCUGCUCAGAGAAUAUGGUUUUUCUGGCUGUUGCUGAUAAUUGGCAUUUUGUGCUGCUGCAGUACUGGGUACUUCAUUCGCAGACGUGUCCACCCUUAUCCUCCCCCUGGGGAACCUGAUUUUAACGUGGCCUUCACCAGACACCCCAUCAUGUCACCAGGACUGCGUCAGACUGGCUUUCACAGUUAUGGAGACUCAGAGACUGCGGUCAUUUCCACUGUCUACCCAGUGCAGACCCACCCCAGUCACAUGACUGCAGUGUAUUCAGCCCUGCCGUACAACCAGCCUCCUCCUCCCUAUGAUCAGGCCAUGCAGGACUCACAGAAGAAAUAAACAGAACAACACAGUCCUGAGGAACAAAACUAUAGAUCAUCAGUGACUUUUUCUUACUCAUUCUUAAAGUCUGUGAAAGAAAGAAAGAAAGAAAGAAAGAAAGAAAGAAAGAAAGAAAGAAAGAAAGAAAGAAAGAAAGAAAGAAAGAAAAGCAGCUCAAAAACUCAGGCAUGACUGGAGGAAACAAACUUACAAACUGGAACUGAUGUAAGAGUACAAAAAACAAAAAAAAUAUAGAGACAUUGAAAUGCCUCCAUCUUUCUAUCAUAAAAGAUGAGACAAAGGUAUAUAUAUAUAUAUAUAUAUAUAUAUAUGACAACGGCCUCAAAAACUGCUUAUUAUUUUACUAAAUUGUAUUAAAAAAAGAUAAAUACUUAAAAAUAGAGGGCUCUAAAAGUAUCAAACAUUUUAUUUCUUCAUACAUAGCGGACAUUAUACAGUAUAAAUGUUAUUGACUGAAAUCUAUUUUUUCAUCACCCAUAACCCUAAUAAACUCAUCACCCUAAUAAAAUUGGCCUUUUAAAACAUUUAUAUCCUUGCUUAUU